AUUUCUUGGUCGUAGCCCACGCUCAUCCCCUCACCCACCAGCGCACCCUCUACACAGUCGUCAAGUCAAACCCAGUGACUCCUGACCAUGGCUCAAGAGCACAGCUCAGAGGGAAAGAUCAUCUUCAACGGGCCCGGCACCGAUAAGCCUACCUGGACCUGGUACAAGGUUGUGGGGGACCUCACCCAACCUUCGCCGCCUCCUCUCAUCCUCUGCCACGGUGGCCCGGGAGCCGGCCAUGAGAGUCUAGGCUCGCUCACCGACCUUCACGAUCGUUUCGGUAUUCCCGUCAUUUUCUACGACCAAGUUGGCUGCGGCAAAUCCACCCACUAUCCUGAGAAGAUGGGUGACGAAGGUUUCUGGGGCAUUAAGCUGUACUGGGCCGAGCUGGACAAUCUCAUCGACUUCUUCAACCUGCGCGAGAAGGGAUACCAUCUGCUUGGCCAGAGCUGGGGCGGCAUGUUGGUUGGCUCAUACGCAGCGACGAACCCUGUUGGCUUGCGCAAGGUCAUAAUCUCCAGCGGGCCUGCCUCUGGUGCCCUCUACCAGGAGUCUGCCAACAUCCUGCUGUCCAACCUUCCCAAGGCGGUCCGGGAGACACUUGAGGACUGCGAGGGCAGAGGAGACUACGAGAGCCCCGAGUAUCACGAAGCUAGCAUGGUAUUCUUGAAGCAGCAUAUGUGUCGACUCGAUCCUUUCCCUGACGACAUCCUCAAAGCCUUCAAGAACCUGGAGGAGGAUCCAACCAGCUACAACACGGUUCAGGGCCCAUCGGAGUUCCGCAUCGUUGGUUGGCUCAAGGACUGGGAUGCAUCUGCUGAAGCCACCGCCAUCACUGCGGAGGUUCUGCUGAUUAACGGCAAGUACGAUGAGAUGCAGGACCUCUGUAUACAGCCGUGGUUCAAGCGCAUCCCCAAGGUCAAGUGGAUUACACUGGAUAGUUCCAGCCAUCUCAGCCACUAUGAAGAGAGGGUGCGAUACAUGGAGAUCUGUGGAUCCUUCCUUAUGGAUUAGGGGCCAUGCAGACACAGCAUCCGCAGGGACUACAAGGACAUCAGAGCACGGCCAAAUGCAAUCACACGUGUGGUUCGUGGGAUGAGGCCAGAUAGUGCAAGUCAAAGAACGACGAAAUGACAAUAUCAGUC